AUGUCGGCUCCGUUAAUUCUCCUACCGGGAGACACGGUCCCAAGCCACCUCAAAACCGCCAGUAACAACUCUCUCAAACUCGGCCAAAACCUCCACGUCUUAUCACACGCCACAUCACCCAUCCCGAUCACAAGCACCCAGGCUGGCCUUCUACUCCAAGAUCCCAAGCGUAAUUCCGUUAAUAUUCUCACCUUUCCACGCCGCCGCUACAUCCCGCAGCCCAGCGAUCUUGUUAUCGCUCAAAUCCACCACUCAAGUGCCGAUUAUUUUCAUUGCACCCUCUCCCCGCACACGCCGCAUGUUUUCCUCCCACAGUUAGCUUUCGAGGGCGCCACGCGGAAAACGCGCCCACAGUUGAAAAGUGGCGAAUUAGUGUAUGCGCGUGUGCUGUCGGUCGGCUUGGGGCCAGGCGCUGAAAUUGAGUUAACAUGUGUGAAUCCCGCGACAGGCAAGGCAGAGCCGGGUGGGCUUGGGCCUCUGAAUGGCGGAAUGGUGUUUGACGUUUCGGUGGGUUUGGCGGGGAGAUUGAUGUCUCCGGGAGGAAGUGGAGGUGUCGUAGUGUUGGAGGAGCUGGGAAAGAAACUUGAAUCGCUUGGGGGGUUCGAGAUUGCCGUGGGAAAGAAUGGAAGAGUAUGGGUGGACAGUUCGGCUGGUGGAGAAGAAGGGAUUAAAAUGAUUGUCGCGGUUGGCAGGUGUCUGAGAGAGGUGGAUGAAGAGAAUUUGGAGGUUGGGGAGCAGAAGAAGCUGGUUUCGAGGGUCCUUAAGCAGAUGGGACUUGGAGCCUGA